AUGAGCCACCUUGGACUAGAUUCGAAAGAAGCAAGUUGUUCAGACGAAAGCCUCCUAUGUCGGUGGCAGCAGCAACUAGAAUUUUUCUUAUUUCACGUUUUUCGCUCUGUAGCUCCAGCCUUGGCAGACAAAUGUCACUGGUCCUGUCCCGAGGCAGCCGAACUGAGUCGGCUUUCGGAAAAGGUCACCGAAUACUUUUGUUUCCACCAUAAGGAGUACUUCCAAUCUCGCGGCAUAUCAGAAUAUGAACGUGAAGCCUUUUGCUCCGAUUUGCAUAAAGUUCGUCAAAUCCGGCACUUCGCUGUGCAUCGAGUUCCAGUCAACGCGGCUACUAUCGCUCAAUAUGCGAAGAGUGCGCAACAUGUAUUAGAGAUGCUUAAACGCCUCGGUGGAAAAGAGUUUCAAGAGUCUUUUGGUGAAUUAGUGAACCAAUCUCUCGAGACAUUCUGGGAUGUUCGAACCCCUGGUGUACCACAAACAACGCUUUAUCGACCAAGUCUCCAGCAACAGACCGAUCACGGUAUACGAAGUAAUGCAAAUUUGGAAGUAAAAGCAGCAAAUAUUCAACAUAUGCGCAAGCUUCAGAAUUCCGCAAUGGAAAGGAAAUUAGCGAACAUUGCAAGAAUGGCCGAGGAGAUGGAGAUUUCGUAUACACAGAAAGUAGCUCGCCGCAAAGAGCUAUGUGAACAAAACGAGGGGUCUCAACAGAGGAAAGCCGAGCGAGCAGAGCGCAGCCAGCGAGAACGAGACGAGGCCGACCGAAAGAAAGCUGAGCGAGCACAGCGCAGCCAGCGAGAACGAGAUGAGGCCGACCGGAAGAAAGCUGAGCGAGCACAGCGCAGCCAGCAGGAACGAGAUGAGGCCGACCGGAAGAAAGCUGAGCGAGCACAGCGCAGCCAGCAGGAACGAGAUGAGGCCGACCGGAAGAAAGCUGAGCGAGCACAGCGCAGCCAGCAGGAACGAGAUGAGGCCGACCGGAAGAAAGCUGAACGAGCACAGCGCAACCAGCAGGAAAGAAAUCCGAAGACGCAGGCAAAAACAUGA